AUGAAGCAAGAUUUUGGGACACCAGAAAAAGAAAGCAUGCCUCUAGAGGGCCAUGCCAGCAGCGGGUCUAGCAUAUAUGCAACCGCCCAACCCGAAGAUAGCAGAGAGGGGGGCGCAGAAAAGGCCAAAAACUCCUCCGGGCUUAUUCUGGAAAUGAAAAACUACGGGCUAGAAACCAAAAAGGGGGUUUCCAUUCUGAAGGGCGUGUCGCUGUCCAUCCCGAAAGGAAAGAUGGUGGCGAUGAUUGGGCUGAGCGGAGACGGGAAGAGCACCCUGCUUGAGGGAAUGGCCGGGCACUGCAACCCGUCCCACAAAACAUAUGGAGAAAUCCAUGUUGAAGCGCUGGACGGGACGUUUGGGCGGAGAGACAUAAUGGAGUGGUUCUCCCGCGUGAACUAUGCGGAGCAGGCCUCCAUAAACUACGAAGCCAUUCCGCUGUAUGUUAUUCUCUGCUCAAUU